AUGGCCAAGGAGAUUUCUACAGCAGACAUCUUCUCCGGUGGCGAAAGCUACACUGGAGUUCAGGCCGUUGAGAGAAACUCAAAGGCGAUGGCAAGGAUAUACGAUGCAAUAAAAACAAGUUUUGGGCCAUUGGGGCUUGAUAAGAUGUGUGUCAACUCUGCAGGAGAGGUCAGCAUCACGAACGAUGGCGCAACGAUUCUUCAGAGCAUGCUGGUGGACGAUCCUGCAGCAAAGAUCCUUGUUGACCUUGCAACACAGCAAGACAACGAGGUUGGGGACGGGACAACGUCUGUUGUUCUGAUGGCAGCAAGCCUUAUUGAGAAGGGCGCCAGGCUGAUUUCAUCAGGUGUGCAUCCGUCUGUUGUUGUAUCUGGGUAUAAGAUGGCAUUUAACGAGUGCAUUCAGUUUAUCAAGAAAAGCAUAGUGAGGGACAUUUCUACACUAGGUGCAAAGGCUUUGAGCAACAUUGUCAGCACAAGUAUAUCGAGUAAGGUGAUCGGAUCGGAAUCUACGCUGUUUUGCGAGAUUGUUGUGGAUGCAUUGAGAUGUAUUGAGCCAUCGGAAGGAGGCAAAAAGAUUGUAUAUCCUAUUGAGGAUAUCAACAUCCUUAAGCAUCCCGGAGGAGCAAUGGGCGAGUCGUUUUUAGUGCAGGGGUAUGCCAUGAAUUGCGCAUUGGCAUCUGGGUUCAUGAAGAAGGUUGUCAAGAAGCCAAGGAUUCUAUGCAUUGACUUUGGGUUGCAGAAAUACAAAAGCCCACUCACUGUGAAUAUUGUUGUUGAUGAUCCGUCGAAGCUGGAGGAUAUCAGGAAGAAGGAGCUUGAAAUUACUACGAACCAAAUCAAGUGUAUUGCGGCAUCGGGAGCAACAGUGGUGCUAACAACAAGAGGAAUGGAUGACUUUUGCACAAAGCUUCUGCUGGAAGCAGGUAUAGUUGGGAUCCGAAGAUGCAAAAAAGAAGACCUGGAUGUAAUUGCCAGGGCAUGCGAGACAUCGGUUCUAAGCUCGAUGUCUGAUCUGAGUGGUGCUGAAAAUGUGCCUACAUUAGGAAGCGCAAACAAGUUUGAGGUUGUAUCGAUUGGAGAGGAGGAGUGUGUGUUUAUUGAAGGGCUUAAGAAGAAGAUGGCAUCGAUAAUCCUGAGAGGAGCGAAUUACCAGCUGCUUGAUGAGAUGCAAAGGGCUGUUCACGAUGCCAUAUGCGCAUUGAAGAGAACAUUGGAGUCGAAAUCUGUUGUUCCUGGAGGAGGUGCAGUCGAAUGUGCAUUGUCUUUGAUGCUGGAGAAGUUUUCGUUUACUGUGAAUUCCAAAGAGCAUGUUGCAAUACACCGAUAUGCAGAGUCGUUGCUUUCGAUCCCAAGGAUACUUGCAGCAAAUGCAGGCCUGGAUCCAAACGAGAUUGUGGCUAAGCUUCUAGCGAUGCAAGGCACAGAAACCAGCGAUAAGUCUGGCAAUAGCAUGUUUGGCGUUGAUGCAGUAACUGGAGAAGUCCAGAACAACGUGGAAGCUGGGAUCAUUGAGCCAAGCAUGAUUAAAAUGAAGUCGCUCAGAGCAGCAACAGAGGCAUCUAUCAGCAUUCUACGAAUCAACGAGGUAAUAAUGCUGCCUCCCGAAGAAUCCAGAAAUUAA